CUAUUUUGGCAAAGCUACAAACAUCACUUAAAAGCAAGAGUAAAUUGUAGAUUGAGAGUGGGAGAAUUAGAGAGGGAAAGAGAAUGAAUCUUCUUCAGCCAUCUUCUUCUUCUUCUUCAAUGCAAUCUCUCCGCCAUGGCUGCACCAUCGGAGUUUGGCAACGACCCCCGUCUCAUACAUCAUCUUCACCGCUUUCCAAUCUCGCAUUUGGCUCUUCGAUCAUUCACCAAAAGUCUAACUCCGUCGCCUUUAAAAGUGUUUCUCCGGUCCUUCAUUCCGUUGCUGCUUACUCCGGUGACAAAGAUUAUAUAGCCGAAUCUCCGGCCAAGGCGCUUCGCCGGAUUCUUGAAUCGCCGGGGAUUCACCAGGGCCCCGCUUGUUUCGAUGCUCUUAGUGCUAAGUUGGUGGAGAGAGCUGGGUUUGAGUUCUGCUUUACCAGUGGGUUUUCGAUAUCAGCUGCUAGAUUGGGGUUGCCAGAUACGGGUUUUAUAUCUUUUGGAGAAAUGAUAGAACAGGGGAGACUUGUCACGGAAGCUGUGUCGAUUCCUGUGAUUGGGGAUGGUGAUAAUGGGUAUGGGAAUGCAAUGAAUGUAAAGAGGACUGUGAAGUCUUACGUAAGAGCUGGUUUUUCUGGGAUUAUACUUGAAGAUCAGGUAUCUCCAAAAGCUUGUGGUCAUACACAAGGCAGGAAAGUGGUAUCAAGAGAGGAGGCAGUGAUGCGGAUUAAAGCUGCUGUUGAUGCUAGGAAGGAGAGUGGAUCUGACAUUGUUAUUGUGGCACGGACUGAUUCUCGGCAAGCAGUGUCUUUUGAUGAAUCACUCUGGAGGUCAAGGGCUUUUGCUGAUGCUGGAGCUGAUGUUCUUUUCAUUGAUGCACUAACUUCUAAAGAAGAAAUGAAGGUUUUCUGUGAAACUGCUCCCCUGGUUCCAAAAAUGGCUAAUAUGCUUGAAGGAGGGGGCAAAACACCGAUCCUCAAUCUUCUUGAACUCGGAGAUAUUGGAUAUAAAAUCGUGGCCUAUCCACUCUCCUUACUUGGGGUAUCUAUGCAAGCAAUGCAGGAUGCACUUUCUGCUAUUAGAGGUGGCCGUAUUCCUUCUCCUGGAAGUAUGCCAUCAUUUGAAGAGAUGAAGGAAAUCUUAGGUUUCAAUAUCUAUUAUGAAGAAGAAAAGCGGUAUGCUACCAGGCCUAGGCCCAGCACAAGUCAGCUAUAUUCACGGAGAGCGAGCAGUAGUAUAAAUGACAUUCAACAGAGGGCUCUAGAUAAUGCAGAGCAAAGAGAUCGAAGUCGGGAAGAUCCUGCUGUAGAAGUAAUAACUCCUGAAGUAUACAAUAGCUAUGCUGCUGAUGGUUCAAGAGAUCCUUUUUCUGGGAUCUGGUCUCGGACAUUGAGAAUAAAGCUAACUGGAAAAGAUGGAUUUGAGAAACUUGAUGUUAGGAUUCCUGCUGGAUUCUUGGAAGGAGUCACCAAUAUAGUCCCAGCUUUGGGUGGAGUAAACCUCAAAGAGCUGUUGGAUGAUGCAGCUUAUGAACCAGGAGGGAAACUCUUGUUAGAUUUUGAUGACACAAUUGGUGAUCGUAUUCAAGUGUUUCUGGAGUGACAACAUUGCGACCAACCUUUAACAUGUUCACUGCUAAAAGAUGUUUGAACAUGUGGAAAUUGAAGAAGUGUAAUCUACUGGAGCUUGUGACGAAUCAUACUGCAAGGCUUGGCAAAGGAAAUUAUGAGUGUUUAUAAUAGGGCUCACAAUCUAAGUUCAUGCACAUUUCUUCUAUAUAAUUGACACAAGGAAACAAGGAUGAGUUUGAUAUUUAAUAAAUUGGAUGUCGGACUCUCAUUGGUGUAUAUGAUAAACGCUUCAAAAAAAUAAAUGAGUAGAAAUACUUGUCUGUA